UACUUUUCAUAAAAAAAUAUACAUUAAAAUUAUUAUAUUCGGCUUUGUUUGGAGUUGUGUUUGUUUUCUUUUUGGGCUUUUAUAGGCAAAGAUCGAAAUUUUCUUCUCUCAAGAAUUUCAACACUGUCACUUAACACUGUAACUGGGUUUAUAGAAUGCGAGAAAGGGUUCAAAUUUAACAGACUUGGGUUCUAAUUUUAGCCUUAAAUUCAAGGAUUUUCUUUCUUUUUCCAACGUUUUCUUUGCAACCGUUUAUAGAUGAAAACUUCAUUUCUUUUGUUUUGUGAAUUUGGGAGAUGGAAUCAUUUCAAUUUGCUUUUUUUUUUUUUUAUCUCAUAUUUUCACUUAGUAUAUGUGACUAUCAUUUUCUUUUAAUACUAUUAUAUGUCCAUAGCAUUUGUGCCAAGCAGAGACGACUUAUUUGAUGGUUUUAGUGGUCAGAAUGAAACCGUUGUCACUUCUCUUCUGAAAUGCUGACAAGCUUGAGUGUCAAGUGCUAAGUAUGGGCUGUGUUUUGCUUAUUGGUUGAAUAUAAUUACGGCCUUUCUCUGUCAAGGUGCCUGGGGAGGCUCAACAGGAUAUCUGGGUAUGGUGAAUUCAAGCUUUGUUAGCUCAGUUUGGUGAAUUUGUUGAGCUGUUGCAGUCUUAAUUCGAGGGAAAUGGUGCCGUCUGGGCCACCAACUCCAAUUGGUGGUGCUCCAUCUGUUUCACCAGCACUUAUGCGAACAAAUUCUUCUAUUUUGGGAUCUCAAGGUGGUUCAAUGCCUCAGCAAGCAACAUUUUCAUCAAUUGUCUCACCAAGAGCGCAGUAUAACAUGAAUUUGCUAGGCAGCACAGCGAACAUUUCAUCACUUCUCAAUCAGACUUUUGGCAAUGGGGGUUUGAACUCUGGCCUAGCUGGCGUGAGUGGUUUCCAACAUAGAGGUUUUGAUACCACAGCUGAGUCUGAUCCUCUCACUGCUGUAGCAAAUGAGAUUGGUUUUAAUGCACCUUCUUCAUCGUUCACACCAUCAAAUGUUGCAAAUUCUGGGUCAUCAGGCCAACUUCAGAAUCAGCAAAUUUCAAACUCUGCUGGAAAUCCUGUACUGUCGGAUCAACAGCAAUCUCAAGUUCAACAAUCUGAGCCGCAAAAGUUUCGGCAUGGUCAGCUGUCAAUGCAACAGUUCCCUCUUUCCCACAGUCAAUCACAGCAGCAAUUUCAAUCAAUCCGAGGAGGGAUAGGGGGUGCAGGUGCAGUGAAGUUGGAGCCGCAGACUAUGAAUGAUCAGGUUGGUCCUCAGCAGCAGUUGCAGUCAUUCAGAAAUCUUGGACCAGUGAAGCUAGAGCCUCAACAGAACCAAAUUGGAAGAGGCAUAGGACCUGUAAAAUUGGAACGUCAACAGUCUGAUCAAGCAAUGCUUUUGCAACAGCAGCAACAACAGCAACAGCAGCAGCAGUUCCUCCAAUUGUCCAGGCAGUCUUCUCAAACUGCUCUUGCACAUAUGAAUCUUUUGCAACAACAGCGUAUUUUGCAGAUGCAACAUCAGCAACAACUUUUGAAAUCACUUCCUCAGCAAAGGCCUCAACUACAGCCACAGUUUCAGCAACAGAACUUGCCUAUUAGAUCUGCUGUUAGACCAGCUUAUGAACCGGGAACUUGCGCUCGGCGUUUGACUCAAUACAUAUAUCAGCAACAGCACAGACCUGAUGAUAACAAUAUUGAAUUCUGGCGGAAAUUUGUUGCUGAAUUUUUUGCUACUAAUGCAAAGAAAAGGUGGUGUGUUUCGUUGUAUGGAAAUAGUCGUCAAACUAAUGGUGUUUUUCCUCAGAUUUUGCAGGAUAUAUGGCAUUGUGAAAUAUGCAACUGCAAGCCUGGUCGUGGUUUUGAGACAACUGUUGAGGUUCUACCCCGGCUAUUUAAAAUCAAAUAUGACAGUGGCACUUUGGAGGAGCUUCUUUAUGUUGAUAUGCCUCGUGAAUAUCAUAAUGCAAAUGGUCAAAUUGUCCUUGACUAUGCAAAAGCAAUACAAGAGAGUGUUUUUGAGCAUCUUCGUGUAGUACGGGAUGGUCAACUUCGUAUUGUUUUCUCUCCAGAUUUAAAGAUUUGCUCUUGGGAGUUUUGUGCACGACGUCAUGAGGAGCUUAUCCCUCGAAGAUUGAUAAUAUCUCAGGUAAGUCAACUUGGAGCUGCUGCACAGAAAUACCAAGCAUCGGCACAGAAUGCAUCAUCCAACUUAUCUGCACUGGACUUACAGAGUAACUGUAACAUGUUUGUUGCAUCUGCUCGCCAAUUAGCAAAAGCCUUGGAUGUUCCUUUAGUUAAUGAUUUAGGGUAUACAAAGAGAUAUGUUCGGUGCCUUCAGAUAUCCGAGGUUGUUAAUAGCAUGAAGGAUUUGAUUGAUUAUAGCCGAGAGACAGGCAUGGGACCGAUGGAAAGUCUGGCCAAGUUCCCAAGGAGGAGUUCCCCAUCAUCUGCACGGCAUAAUUCAGCUCAGCAAACUCAGGGGCAGCAACAAGUUACUGGAGAAAAUGCAAAUAAUGAUCCUCAUUCAAUACAAUCUACUGUUCUGCAGCCUUCUUCAAGCAACGGUGUUGCCAGUGUAAACAACUCCCAGGAUGCAGCAUCCACUUUUACAUCUGCGUCCACCAUUGUUGGGCUUCUCCGACAGAAUUCCAUGAAUUCUAGGAUUGAAAACCAGAUGAACAAUCCAAACAGUCCCUAUGCUGGAACCCCAGUUCAGAUACCAUCAGCAGGGUCCUCUACUUCUUUGCCACCCACUCAACCAAAUCCAUCUUCACCCUUCUCAUCUUUGACGCCAUCGUCAUCUAAUCUCCCUCUCCAAAGUUCUCAUAAUGCCAUGGCUUCUUCAACUACUGCAAAGAAUGUCAAUUCAGCAAAUUCAUCUGCACAGAUUCCACCACAGCUGUCAUCUCAGUCAAGUGAGGUUGACCCAAAUGAAUCUCAGAGCUCUGUUGAAAAAAUCAUUCAAGAAAUAAUGAUUUCAUCACAGUUCAGUGAAGCAGGUAGCAGCGUGGUCAGUGUUGGUUCUGUAGGCAGUAACUUGAAGAACAAUAAUGGAUUUCCACAGGUGAGUGGCAGCUGCCUGAUGGGGAAUAGGUUCAUUAAUAAUAAUUCGGGCACUGGAGGUGGAGGAUUCGGGAAUUUGAGUGAUAGCAUGGGUCUUUCUCCCAAUCCCACUGCUAUGAGAUCUGCCAUGGGGAACAACUUUAUGAAUUUCACUGGAAGGGUGAGCAUGCCAUUGAUGCCUCAAGAAGCUGUGACCCAUCAGCAACAAGAAUUAGCUUACAGAUUACUCAGUGGACUUGGAGCAGAUGGAUUUAAUAACCUUGAAUUUGAUUGGAAGUCCCCAUAAUUAGCUUUGUUGACUACUCUUUUAUGAAUUUGCUGAGGUUUGUGGUGUUAAUAUCAGAUAGAUUACGGAGUGCUUGUGCCAUGCAUCCUGGUUUGCCAUGAGUUUGGGGUGGGUGAUGCAUAGUUAAAAGAGGAUUUCUUCAAUCCGGUACUGACUAUAGAGAGAAGGAUAACGUGUAACUCAGACCUUGGCAGUUGAAUAGUUAAUUGUUUGCAUUUCUUAUGAUCCCCACCCCCCUCCACUGUCUAGAGUGUACUUGUAGGGUACCCUUUUGGAUGUUUGUGUCGUGUGUAUAUGGUCAUAAUACCAUAAGGAAUCUUCUUUCUGUGUAACAGGUGCCAAAGGGAUAUGAUUGUUCUCUUUCUGAUGAAAUUUUGUAUACAUAAUUGAAUACAUAUUGUAUGCAGCAAAUGUUAGAAAAAAUAAAAACGAAAAGAGAAAUAAUAGAAAAAAUUUUGA